AUGGGCACGAGUGGCUUUCCACUGUGCCUGCCGGCCACCGAGGUCCUCAUCAACCCCAUGGAGUUCAACUCUGACUUUGUGGAGUGGAUGAUCCCCAAAGUGGAAUGGGCGGCAUUUGUGCAGGCAGUGGACACCUUAAACUUGGCCAAGGUACCCAAAGAGCUGGCUGAAGGCUAUGAGCACAACAAAACGUUUUUGAGGAAGAUGUACCACAUGUUGCUUGAGGUUGAUGUAUUGGAGGGCACCCUGCAAUGCCCAGAAUCUGGUCGUUCUUUCCCCAUCAGCCAAAGCUCCCCAAUACACUGUUGA